AGCCGGGGGGCGGGCGGUGCGCGGGGGGCGGCGCCCCGGCCAUGCAGGGCCCUGCCUGGGCUGCGGCGGGGCCCCAUGGGCCUGGGGGACUCCUCGGGUGGCCGGGGGUAGCGUAGCGUAGCGUAGGGCGGGUGUCACCCCCCGCGCCCCGCGCCCGCCGCCAUGUACACCUUCGUGGUGCGGGACGAGGGCAGCAGCGUGUACGCCGAGGUGAGCCGGCUGCUGCUGGCCAGCGGGCAGUGGAAGCGCCUCCGGAGGGACAACCCCCGCUUCAACCUGAUGCUGGGCGAGAGGAACCGGCUUCCCUUCGGCAGGUUGGGCCACGAACCCGGACUCGUGCAGCUGGUGAAUUACUACAGAGGAGCAGACAAGCUGUGCCGCAAAGCAUCUCUGGUGAAGCUAAUCAAGACAAGCCCUGAGCUGUCUGAGUCCUGCACGUGGUUCCCCGAGUCCUAUGUGAUUUACCCAACAAACCUGAAGACCCCUGUGGCUCCAGCUCAGAAUGGACUUCGCCAUCUCAUAAACAACUCGAGGACAGAUGAGAGAGAAGUCUUCUUAGCAGCCUACAGCAGGAGGCAGGAAGGCAAAGAAGGCAACGUGUGGAUCGCCAAGUCCUCAGCUGGUGCCAAAGGGGAAGGGAUCCUGAUUUCUUCAGAGGCUUCAGAACUCCUGGACUUCAUUGAUGAGCAGGGACAAGUGCACGUGAUUCAGAAGUACCUGGAGAAGCCUCUGCUUCUAGAGCCAGGGCAUCGCAAAUUCGACAUCAGGAGCUGGGUUCUGGUGGAUCAUCAGUAUAAUAUCUACCUCUACAGAGAGGGAGUCCUGCGGACCUCUUCCGAACCGUACAACAGUGCUAACUUCCAGGACAAAACCUGCCACUUGACCAAUCACUGCAUCCAGAAGGAGUACUCCAAGAACUAUGGCCGCUACGAGGAAGGCAACGAGAUGUUCUUUGAGGAGUUCAACCAGUACCUGGUGGAUGCCCUCAACACAACACUUGAGAAUAGCAUCCUACUGCAAAUCAAACACAUCAUAAGAAGCUGCCUUAUGUGUAUAGAGCCUGCAAUCAGCACAAAGCAUCUGCACUACCAGAGCUUCCAGCUCUUUGGCUUUGACUUCAUGGUGGAUGAGGAGCUGAAAGUAUGGCUGAUAGAAGUCAAUGGGGCCCCAGCAUGUGCCCAGAAGCUGUAUGCAGAGCUCUGCCAAGGAAUUGUGGAUGUAGCCAUCUCUAGUGUUUUCCCCCUCAACGAGACGGGGCAGAAGGCGAGCCAGCCAUCAUCCAUCUUUAUCAAGCUGUGAUGACCACAGGAAUGCAUCUGCUGUGCACAGGAAGAGACUGCACUCACCGAGUCAGGACAGCCCAGUGGCUUAUCUCAGUAUCAUGCCAAAAAAAAAAGUGAUAAAACAGGCUUCAUAUUUUCUGGAAAAUCAUGGGGGAAAUAAAAACCAACACCAAACCACAGAGCUGCAGUGAGCCAGAGCUGCUCAGACCUGCUCUGCCUGCAUUCACCAAAACCCACUUCAGAACACAGCUCCUGUGACUUUGAUACCUGAAACAAAUCUCUCUGGGAGAAGAACGAAAUAACCUUAACCCCAACAGGGAUACUCUAAUGCUGUAUUAGCUCCUCCUUUUCUAUGAAGAUAACAUUGGGUUUUUUUAAGGGAAUUGGGCAAAGAGUAUGAUGAUCUUCCAGGGCAUCAUGGCUGGGAAGUUGUCCUCCUCCCGCUGUGUUUCUUCUUUCUUCACCUACUGCGUCAUUAGUGCCUUAGCUCAGCUCCAAAUAGAUGACUCCUUUCCUUUGUUCCUGCUCUGUUACCUAGAAAGGAGUAAGCUGUCCUGCAUCACAGGAUGCCUAAAACCAGGAACACCAAGAAUUCCCUUUCCUUUGGUCAUUUUUCCAAGCUGGUUGGCUGAACACCCAGGCAGCAGCUGGCAGAAGGGUACUGGACUGCAGGUGGUGAAUUAAACCCAAGCAAGGAAGGCAGUUUUAUUUCUUCGUGGCUAUCCCUUUUCCUAAUGAGAUUUGAAUCAGUGUCCAUCCCACUGGGAUGCAGUUGGAUUCUGUUUAAAAAAGGUAAGGAGAGACAUCCCAUCCAGCAGGAUGUAGGAUUUCAAGCAUCACUUUUGUGUGAAGAGCAUUUCAAAGAGCAGAAACUCCAUCUGAGGCACUGUGGUGAAUUCAGGCUCUUCUCUCAGCUUUCACCUUCAUGCAUUUGAGACUCAAAUCUGAAACCUUCCAACCCAAAUUCUUCUUGUCCCAUUGGAUCCAGCCAAUUUUAUCCUCUUCCACUUGACAAUACUGCAAUUUCCUGCCCUCAUCACAGUCCACAGCUUGGUCCUAGCAAGGAGGAACAUGGGGGAAGUUUUGUA